CGUAUGUUAAGAUUUAUAUGUAUAUUUUAGAUAUACUAUUAUCGUUACUAUUUAGUUUGCUUUCUUUUUAAAACCAGGAAUAAUGAAUAAUUUUAAUUGAUAUUUAUUAAUUUAUAUAAUACCUUUGAUAUUGCUAAUAACAUGGCUGAUCCAACGAUACAGACUUUUUGUUGUCGCCAUACGAAUAAAACCGAUAUGGCUGUUAAAAUAAUGGAAGAAUUUAAUACAGAUGUUUAUAAUAUAGUGUGCAUGCUUUCUUCGACAAUGGGAAUACUUGGAGCUGUUUAUCAAGUGUUACCUCGUGAGACAUCAAAUCUUCCUCAUCGAUGGAAUAGUUUUUCGGCAUCGAGAGGACGCGAGAUUAUUGUAUGGCUCGCAAUUGCCGAUUUAUUUGCUUCUUUAGGUAUAUUUAUAAGAUCAGCAUUAUGGAUAAACUUUAAAUCUAUUAUGCCAAUGGAAAAUGAUACUUCCAGUGUUAUAUUCUGUGCUCUUUCUUCGGCAUGGACACAAUAUUUUUACAUGGCUACGUGGAUUUGGACAUUGUGUUAUGCUGUGGAUAUGAAAUUAUUACUUAAUGAUCGAUCUGGUCAUCCUAUUUGUUAUCAUAUAUUUGCAUGGAUUUGUCCUGCUUUCUUAACAAUUUUUGGUUUGUCAAUAUUAUAUGUUCCAGAUGCAAACUGUCAUAAUCUAACAUCAUUGUCCAUUGCAAUAUUACGUAUUCUUCCAAAUUAUUGUACAACAUACGUCCUAUUGGCAAUUGUUAUGAUAAUAAAUCCACUUCUUUACAUUGCUUCAACUCGUGAUCUCAAAACAGCUGUUUCAUAUAGUUUGGCACAAAUGACAGGACGAGAACGAAAAUUAGUUCAAACUAUCAGACUUAAAUUUGCAUUAAUUAAUCUUGUUUAUUAUAUAUGUUGGGUACCAAAUCUAAUCAAUGGUGUCUUAUUGUGGACACUAUGGUUCCAGUUACCUGUUAAAGCUAUUAUUACUUUGUGGUAUAUGAUGGCAGUAACAAAUCCACUUCAAGCAUUUUUAAAUGCAUUGGUUUAUCAGAGAUGGGGCAGAAAAGAAAAAUUCCGAUUAGAAUGGUGUCAAAAAUUAGGAAGCUUCAGUUUAAAUCAAAUUUCUAAAGGGAAUACAGAUAUAAAUUUAACUGAAUCAUCUCCUCUGUUAAAUCAAUAUGCUUGUACACCUCAUACAAGUAUAAAUGGAUCUUCAUCAUUAUGAAAACUGUGAUACUUUUAGUGUAUUGUUAGAAGUAUAGAACAGUUAUGAUAAAAUUACACAUUUUUAUAUACAGUACAUAUUAUAAUAUUGAGAUUAAGGGUUCGUAUUUAUUUGAUUUUAAUCUUAUUAAAACAUGUUUAAAACUUAUAAAAAUAUAAUAAUACUGCCAGAUAAUUAUUACGAUGAAAUAUUAUAGACUACAUUUAAUUAUUUUAUUAGGACAACUUUUAUAGACUAAAGAUUUAUAGAAAUUUUAUAGAAUUACUUUUAUAAAAUUGUUAAUUUAUAAAUGCGCUACUUAUAUACUUACAUGUUAUUGAAAUCGUUGAUGUUAACUUUUUAUAGGAAUAAAAAGUCAAAUCAAAGAUAAAAGCUUUUAAUAAAAUUGAAAUAUGUAUUAUUUUUAUAACUAUAAAAAUAAUAUCAUUUAAAAUAAUUAUAUAUUGUAAAUGUAAUAAAUACAAGGAAUUUAUUUUAUACAUGUAAGAAUAUAGUGUACACAUAUAUACAAUUAUUCUAUUAUUA